UUUUAGACUCUUCAAGGUUCAUCAGAAGACAACCCAUGAUUUUUGAAGCAUUCUCGGGAUCAAAAUUUUUAAUCUUGGAAAGACAUAGGAUAACAUCAGACCGAAAGGAAGGAGCAUAAUUUUAAGGAAUAGUGAUUAGAAAAGUGAAAUCCGAGGACAGAGAGCGAGCGAGGUGGGACACGGUGAGUGCAUAGAGUAGAAAGGUCAAAAUUGAGGUUGUUUGGUUUGUAGGUGGUGAAUGGCGCAAGAAGACAAACCCACAUCUUCACUUAUGCACCCAUCUUCCUCGUACACCUUCCUUCUCAACAUCAUGAGCAAAAGGAGAACUUGGGCAUGUCUUUUUUUCUUUGUCUAUGGAACCCUUUUGGCUUCUUCAUGGAAUUUCCUCCAAUCCACGCUUUCUUGGUACAAUCUUCAAGUUCAGUCCUCCACCUCCGCCUGGCCAGCGCUCUACGCCUCCGUGCUUCUCGGCACCGUCUUUGGGCUCCUCUCCAUGGUGGCAACUCUGAUGGUUAUGGUUCCGGCUGUGCUGGUGAUGUGGAUCACAGUGGUGGUGCUGUUGGCCUUCUUUGGGAAGCCUAGGAGGACCCUGGUGGUGGAGGGAAGGAAGAUCACGGGGGAGAUUUUCGGGAAAUGAAAAGGCUGACUGGUGAAGACUCCAGAAAAAGAGAAAUUUAUGUGGAAUUAAAUUUAAUACACGUCAACUUAAAUAAAUCACAACUCAACAUUUGCAAAUGGUGUUAGUUUAAAAUUAAUGGAGAGAGUUUAAUUGCUUCAA